GGCGGCGCGGGGAGGCGGUGGCGGAGGGCGUCCGUGCGGCCCGGCGGCGCCCGCACGAAGAGGCCAUGAACGGCGACCGCACCGAGAGCGACUGGCAGGGGCUGGUGAGCGAGUACCUGGUGUGUAAAAGGAAGCUGGAGAGUAAGAAGGAAGCGCUCCUGAUCCUCUCCAAGGAGCUGGACAGCUGCCAGCAGGAACGGGACCAGUACAAACUCAUGGCCAACCAGCUUCGGGAGCGCCACCAGUCGCUGAAGAAAAAGUACCGAGAACUGAUCGAUGGAGAUCCAUCACUACCCCCUGAGAAGAGAAAGCAGGCUAACCUGGCACAACUGUUGCGAGAUUCGCAAGACCGAAAUAAACACCUGGGAGAAGAGAUUAAAGAACUUCAGCAAAGGCUCGGCGAAGUGCAAGGUGACAAUAAGCUCCUGAGGAUGACGAUUGCCAAACAAAGGCUGGGGGACGAGGAGAUCGGCGUUCGGCACUUUGCAGCCCACGAGCGCGAAGACUUGGUGCAGCAGCUGGAGCAGGCUAAGGAGCAGAUCGAAGCCCUGGAGCACGACCUGCAGGCCUCGGUGGAUGAGCUUCAGGACGUGAAAGAGGAGCGCUGUUCCUACCAGGACAAGGUGGAGAGGCUGAACCAGGAGCUCAACCACAUCCUGGGCGGCCACGAGAACCGCAUCAUUGACGUGGACGCCCUGUGCAUGGAGAACAGGUAUCUUCAAGAGAGGUUAAAACAACUCCACGAAGAGGUCAACCUUUUGAAAUCGAACAUUGCCAAAUAUAAGAAUGCUCUUGAGAGGCGGAAGAACUCGAAGGGCCAGGGGAAGUCGAGCAGCAGCGCUCUGACUGGAGUCCUGUCUGCAAAGCAAGUUCAGGAUUUGCUCUCGGAGGAUCACGGGUGCAGUCUCCCAGCGACGCCGCAGUCCAUUUCCGACCUGAAGUCCCUGGCCACGGCCCUGCUGGAGACCAUCCAUGAGAAGAACAUGGUCAUUCAGCACCAGAGGCAGACCAACAAAAUCCUAGGGAAUCGGGUGGCUGAGUUGGAGAAAAAAUUAAGAACCCUGGAAGUUUCUGGUUUGUGGAGUCUCCCAGGGGGCAAGGACACCAUACUGUUCGGCGACCCUACUCUUCCCACCAGACAGAGGGCGAGAUCCCCGCUGCUGAAGUUUGAGCCGCCCGCCCAGAGCAAGGCCAACGCCAAGGACGGGGAGGCUCCGAAGCUGGAAGGAGAUGGAAGCCGUGCGGCUGCUGCCCAGGCGGUGCCAGCCCCUGAGGAUGCUGGGGGUCCUGCUCUCCGCUCCCCCGCACACCCGAGCCCCGGGAACCAGCACGAGCGCCUUCAGUCUGCCUCGCCCCCGGCGCCUUCUGAGCAGGAUGAAGAAGAGAGGCUGGGGAGGGAGAGCCUGACACUGACAGCGGGGCAGCUGGCCCCGGGAGCAGACGGGAUCGGAAGAGAGUGCCCCCGUGUGGAGGGGCAGGGCAGCGAGGUGGGCCUAGCCGCCCCCGGCGCCGCCAGCCACGGGGAGCCCCUGAAGUCUCGCCUGGACACCCCGGAGUCCACCCAAGCUCCCGCCCUGGGAGAUGGCCUGGGGCUCCCAGGGGCCGGAGGCACGUGAGAGGCCAAGCACUGGAGGCAAUGACAUGUUGGAGGCGCCAGGGAAAGCCUGCAGGCCAGAGAAGCCCCGGACCCCUUGUGACCUGUGAACCAGCUAAUGAUGGCAGAAGGCCCUGAGUCAUUAAAUGCGGGACCUCAGG